GCUGACAAACAAAUCUCAACAUAACCUCCAAAAACAUAAAAGUAGAACGAGUGAAAAAAUUCAUGAGUGCAUUAACUCCCAUAUUCUUGGCAUAAUCUCAAGAAAUUGUGCAACUGACGCGAGAAAGGGCAUCCGACGCAAUGAAGUGUCACUACGAAGUACUGAAUAUUGAAAGGUCGGCUGAUGAAGGUGAAAUAAAGGCUGCAUAUCGAAAGUUAGCCCUUCGUUGGCAUCCGGACAAGAAUCUCGACGAUCCGGAAGGCGCAAAGGGGCAAUUUCAGCUGGUCCAGCAGGCUUAUGAGGUGCUUUCUGAUCCUCAUGAGCGUGCUUGGUAUGACAAUCAUCGGGAGCAAAUCCUUCGGGGACGCCAAACUGAAUAUGAAGACAACUCACUGGAUGUCUUCCAGUACUUCACAGCUUCCUGCUACAGAGGCUUUGGGGAUGAUCCUGGAGGCUUCUAUGCUGUCUACGGGGAGGUUUUCGAUAAGUUAGCCAGCGAAGAAAUUGAAUUCCUGGACACUGAGAAAGAGUACGAGGAGAUUCCGAAGUUUGGGACUUCCACAUCGGACUACGAGGAAACAGCUCAUCCCUUCUACGCUUUCUGGCAGAGCUUCUGCACCAAGAAGAGUUACGCCUGGCUAUCUCCCCAUAACAUCUCAGAAAUUCGGGACAGACGAAUUCUCAAGGCGGUUGAGAAGGAGAACAAAAAAGUGCAGCAAAAAGCGCGGCGAGAGCGCAAUGAAGAGAUAAGGAAUCUCGUGGCCUUCGUUAGAAAGCGCGACAAGCGCGUUCAGGCCUACAGGAAAGUGCUGGAGGAGAGACUGCAGCAGAACCGUGCAAAGCAAGCUGAGAGUCACUUGGAACAGUUGCGAAAGAGAAAUCAGGAGAUUGCAUCGGCGCAUCAGAACGCUCAGAAGAGUCAACUUAAUUCGGACUACGAGGAACAGCUCAAGAUGCUAGAGAAGGCUUAUCUGGAGCCAGAAGAUGGAGAUGACAGCUACGACAGUGACAACGAGGAGGAGGAUAGUGAUGAACUAGCUUCAGGAGUGGCCGAAGUGAAGAUAGAAGCUGAAGAAAUUGAGGGAACCAAUUGGGAUGAAUUCUACUGUGUAGCUUGCAAUAAGACAUUCAAAAAUCAGAGUUCUUACAGGAAUCACGAGUCAUCGAAGAAGCACAGGGAGAAUGUCCAGAGAAUAAAGCAGGAAGUGCAGGAUGAUCAGAAAAAUCCGAAUGGUGAUUCAACGGUGAAUGGUUUUACUUCGGAAUCCGACGAGGAGGAAAUAGUAGAGAUUAAGACCAAGGCCAAGGGUAACAAGAAGAGGCGGAAUCAAAGGGUGAUAGCUUUGGGAUCUGACAGUGAAAGUGAACUGGAUACUUUCGGUAAGUUGUCGGAAACGGAAGAAGAUUGGCAGGAUACUAGUAGGAAACCCAGAGCUAAACCAAGGGCAACAAAGGGGAAGCAACCUCCAAAGUCCGAAGACGUCAAAUCUUCAGAUCAACCUGCUCCAGUUCAGCAGGAAACGUCAGAAACCGCUCAAACCUGCGUGACGUGCAAUGAGAAGUUCCCUUCCAAGAACAAACUCUUCACGCAUCUCAAGAAAACCAACCAUGGCGUCUACAUCCCCAAAGCUGGCAAGAGCAAAGAUCAGCCUCAAAGAAAGGCUGAGAAAGCCAGUAAGAAAAAAGCAUAGAUUUGUUAGUUUUUUUCUGGAUAUUUAUUCCAUGUUAUAAAAAUUUGUAUUUUAAAAUAAAAAAAUCUUGUAAAAAUACAAUUAAAAUUUGCUCUUACAAAAUAUA